UAUAAUGAACUGUAUAAAUUGGUUUUUUACACUUUUUAUGCUGUUCAUUUGAUAAAAUAUCGUUACGAAAAUUUCGCUAGGAAUAUCAUAAUUACCUGUGAAAUGAGUAUUUUCCUGGGUUUUUUGGCCCUGAAACACUACAACCCGGCACACAACAUGACACCAUCGUCACUAAAUUACUUAAUAUAUAUUUUUCUUUUUGAUUCUCUUAUAUUUUUCACGUUAAAAAAUACGGCAAUAUGAUUUUGGCCGCCUCGGCCGCCUUCGAACUCAAAAUUGGUUACGUUUUCUCAUAUGUAGUCUGCCUCUUUCGCACUUAUGGCUUGUUCGUAUACGUCAUGGCUUCCCUUUCGCACACUUCAUCUGUCUGUCAAGCGAAGCGACUGACAUGUCUCUGGUAUGAAAUCCAAAAUCAACAAUAAUCGUUCUUUCACCGGUCUCCCUCAUUGAAGUCGGUUUUUUUCUUAAAAAAUAUUUUAAGUAAGUUUGAAUUCCGUACGUUUCCUUGUCACUGCUAGAAACUGUAACACAUCGUAACUACUUAUAGUAACGCUUAAAUGUAUAUUUUUUGAUUGAAAUUAUUUGAAUCCUACACCAUUUGUUUAUUAAAUAUCUAGGCUAUUCAUUCUAGUGCAUAUUGCCCAAAGAAUAUUGCCACUAUAGGUAUCUGUAGGUACCUAACUUUUAUAUGUGCGUAUAAAGGCUGAAGUCCACUAGGCUCGAUCGUAUGAAGCUCGUCGAGGCGAAUCGCAUUUACUAUGAAACUACUUCUAUUGACUUGCUAUCUUGCUAUUGACGAAGAGUCGAGCAAAGAGUAAGUAUUGUAUAGGCAGAUUAUGGAUUCGAAUUUACCAUUCAUAGUAAAUGUAUAGAAGGUGAAUUAUUGCGAUUCGAUUCGAUUCGCCUCGGCGAGCCUUGGAUUAUAUCAGCAAUGGCUGGAAAAAAGGUAAAAAACAAAACAAUCAUGACAUAUGUAUAUGUCAAGUCAAGGUUAGAAAAUUUUAAUAGAGAAAGAUGAAAUUUGAACUGAAAAUAUUAUAAAAUAAUGGAAGAGAGUGACAAUAAUUCCCGUGUUGCAGGCUUACUUGCCUAUCAUUUAGUCAAUCUAGUUCUGCAGGAGGGUUGUAUGAUUGCAAACGCCGCCUUAGAGUCGGGACGGCCUCGUGAAUAUUUGUCAUCGAGAGUGAACGCCGUAAGAUCAGAUUUGACGUUCAUUAUUCGCGCAGGCGAAGACGCCACAUAUGUCGACACCGCGGUCGAUAACUUCAUCGAGGGGGCUGAUAAUGCUAAGAUUGAGUCGGAACCAAAUGUCUUGGUGACGUCUACACCGCAAAAAGUUGCAGACGAUAAAACUAAAAAAGAAAACGGCCAAGGAGACGACUUAACAGAGGAGCAACAACACGAGUUGAACAACUCUACAUCUCUAUUCAUAAAUCACUUGUUUGACAUAAGUGACGUGGAAUUAGGACUUAGCGACCAUACAAAUCAUGCACAGAACGCUGAGUACAACGUUUUAUCACCUUUCUGUAUAAAUAAUGUAAUGGAUUUUUACAUGAACGCAGCACUUGAUGCGUUCCGUAUAACGGAAGAGAAAGAGAGAGAGUCUGUUGACAAACGAGUAAGGAUUUCAGGAAAUUCUUCCUUUUCUUACAUAGAAGAAGCAUUAGAAGAUUAUGACAAAGACGUGGUGUUCUACGUGCAUCAAGACGAUUCACCAUGUACGGAAAAUGUUUAUGAGAUACCGCAAGAUCCAAUGACGUCACAAAUGGCCUUACAGUGUGAUCUUGAUAACAAGAACGAAAAUUCGGAAUUAUAUGAAAAUACGUAUCUUACUCUGAACCGUGAUUACGAUCAAUGCUCCGAUGAAGAGGAGUAUCCUAUAAUAGAAGAUCCCAAGGGGAUGUUGAUGCAAGAAAUCGCACUGCUCACAGCAAAUACUUCUACCGAUACUGGCCGCUCGUACGACGAGUCCCGGGAAGAUAUACAUAACGAUCAUAGCAAGCCACGAGAAGGUUUAGCCGCAACCUCCGGUGUCUCUGCCGGCUCCCGCAAAAGUAGACUUGUACAUCGGUGGCGACUGCAGGGAGCCAGGUUCCUGGCCUGCAUCCGGGGUUGGUGGCGACGCAAAGCUACUGGAAAACGCAAGGCUGCGGAAUCGGCUAGCCAGCGGCCACUGUCACCGGGCGUGCGCCGCCGCGCCGCCAGCCUGCUGGAUCACCGCGUGUCCUCCACCGUGCUGACCUGCCACGCCAAGUGCAACACCAUCAACGAGGCACUCCUCAACUCCCAUCACUGGAUGGAUUACACUUUCGAAACUAAACCUAAUGAAUGUGGUGAUGUCUAAUAGCCUUGCUGUGAUAUUUAAAUUUGAUUGAUUUACUUAAAUGAUACGAAUACCUAAGUCUUCUAAAUAAAUUUGAUCUAACAUGAA